CGUGAUUUAAGGGUUUAUAAGCGUUUUAAACGCAAAAAAAAAUGUUUAUUUUUCGCACGAUGUAAACCGUCGACGACUUAGGCUCGAAAACUGAAGAAAAAAAGAAAGAUGUAAACGGUUUCGUUUGCCUUACAUUAUUAUUAAAAAUAAAAGAAGUAAGUAAACAGUUAAACAUGAUAGAAAUAGAGGACGUAAUCGAACCAACGCCAACUUGCGAGGAAUCCAAGAAAAUUAAUGCCAUCGACAAGGAAACCGUACAUAAAAUCUGCUCCGGUCAAGUGGUGUUGAAUCUUGCUAUCGCAGUUAAGGAGCUUGUUGAGAACUCUUUAGAUGCCGGAGCAACUAUUGUAGAAAUUAAACUGAAGGAACAUGGGUCUGAGUUAGUGGAAGUUUGUGAUAAUGGCAGUGGGGUGGAGGAGCGAAACUUUGUGGCAAUGACGGCUAAGUAUCACACUUCAAAGCUAAAAGAAUUUUCCGAUCUUGCAUGCAUAGAAACAUUUGGUUUUCGCGGGGAAGCGCUAAGCUCACUAUGUGCUUUAGCAGAUAUGGUAAUCAUAACACGGCACGAGCUUGCUGCGCACGGGACCAAGCUACAUCUGGACAACCAUGGAGUCAUAAUUCGAGAAAACCCUUGCGCCAGAUCCGUAGGAACAACGGUUUCACUAUCGAAUUUGUUUGCAACAUUACCAGUUCGAAGAAAAGAAUUUCAAAAAAACAUCAAAAAAGAGUUCAUCAAAAUGUGCCAUAUUCUACAGGCGUAUUGUCUGGUAUCGGUUGGAGUUAGAAUAAUCUGCACAAAUCAAAACAAGAAGGGCGUUAAAUCAGUUGUUAUGAGCACCCAAGGUACUGGUCAAACAGUUUUGGAUAAUAUAACAACAGUUUUCGGAGCAAAACAAACAGCCGAGUUGGUUCAGUUGAAACCAGCCAUCAACAGUAGCGGUAAAAUCAUGGAUUUAAAUGCCAGUGACUUUGAUGAUAGUUUAUCACUCACACAAGAAGAAGUCGAUAGUCUGAAUCUUUCCAGAUACAAUAUUGAAGGAUAUGUCUCUAGCUGUGCUCACGGUUCUGGUCGUUCUUCUAAAGAUCGUCAAUUUUUCUACAUCAACUCAAGACCAUGCGAGCCAGUACAAAUAAUUAAACUUAUAAAUGAAACAUACCAUAAAUAUAAUACUAAUCAAAAUCCCUUCGUUUAUUUAAAUUUGAAAAUGGAUCGAUCUGACGUUGAUGUAAAUUUAACUCCGGACAAACGCCAAAUUUUGGUUAAUAAUGAAAAAAUACUUUUGCUAGCGUUGAAAAAGUCUCUCAUUAAAACCUAUGGUUGUAUUCCGUCGACUUAUAAAGUGCAAAAUGUAGAUGUCAGUGCGACCAGUCGACUUUUGAAUAUUUCUAUCAAGUCGGACAAAGAGGAUCAUACAGAGGAAGAAAAUGAUAGUCUUGUGAUAGAUUAUACCUCACAGAAACUGUCGGAAACGUUUAGUCAGUGGAAAGCAACAGUGACACCCAAAGACAUUCCUUCUCCCAUAAAAGUAACUGGAAAACGAAAAAGAGAAAUAAUUGGAAAAAUGGAGAAAAUCCAACCUUUUCUGGUAAAGACUCUGCAGACAGCAGCUGAGAAUGAUUUAAGUUUUGAACAUAAGUCUGAUUUCGAAAACAUGGCAAAAAUGGCGAGAAACUCAACUAUGGUUGGUGAGGAAAUUCUCGAAACUGGAAGCGAGAUCGACCAGAUGCAAACAGCAUCAUUUGAUACAUUACCAUUGUUAGCAGAUAAUGUCGAAUCGAUGGAUUUCGGUUCGUCGAAAGCCGAGGAAGUUGUGGAACUAAUCAAAUGUAAAAAUAUAAGUCCAAAUGAAGGCAAUACGCUGAAGUUAGAAAUAAAACCAGAAGGCCUUAUAUGCAUGGAGAAAAAGGAACACGAUUUUCCUUCUAUUACCUUUCCACGCGAGCCAAAUUUUCGACUGAGUUCCACACCAAAUGUAAAAAUCGAAACGAUUGAAGUCGAAACAACGGAUAUAGAAACCUCACCACAAAUUAACGACGGUAGAACUAUUGAUGUUGAUAUGAAUGCGUUGACAAAAAUUCUCAGUCUGGAGCAGAAAUUACGACAGGCUGACAAUAAAGAGCAACCGUCUUUGACACGCUUGAAGUUCAAGAGCAAAAUCAACCCUUCAAAUAACCGCGCCGCUGAAGAUGAAUUGCAAACGGAAAUCUCAAGAACAGAGUUUCCACGAAUGGAUAUUAUUGGUCAAUUCAAUCUGGGAUUCAUUGUUGUUCGUUUAGAUCAGGAUAUGUUCAUCAUUGAUCAACAUGCCUCAGAUGAGAAAUUCAAUUUUGAAGAUCUUCAAAAAAACACGGUACUGCAAAACCAGAAGUUAGUCGUCCCCCAACAGUUAGAAUUAACCGCUGUAAACGAGAUGAUUCUCAUGGAUAAUUUAGAAAUAUUUGAAAUGAAUGGGUUCAAGUUUGAAAUAGAUGGCGCAGCAGAACCGACAAAAAAAGUAAAACUAUUGGCGAAACCGUACAGUAAGAAUUGGGAAUUCGGUAAGGAGGAUAUCGAUGAACUGGUAUUUAUGCUGCAAGAUGCUCCUAAUUCUAUCUGUCGUCCUUCACGUGUUAAAGCCAUGUUUGCAUCACGUGCGUGCCGAAAAUCUGUUAUGAUCGGGAAUGCUCUAUCAAUGGCAGAAAUGCGACGGCUAAUCAAUCACAUGGGAGAAAUUGAACAACCAUGGAAUUGUCCCCAUGGGCGACCUACGAUGCGACAUUUAAUCAACCUGUCAAUGAUAGCCCAAACUGCGAGUUUAGCUAAGGAAAACGAAUGAACGUGUACAAUAAGCGCAAUAUUUUAUUUUUGAAUAAUUUCUACAGGUUUACUGGAUCAUCGUU